CGGUGCGUUGGUACGAGCCGAAGCCAAGGGGCCCCGGCAGGAAAAGGAAGCAGGCCGGCCUUAAAGGGACCUCAGCCAUUAUUUAUUUAAUUUAUUUAUUUAUAUUUAAAAGCCGCUCUCUCCUUCCUGCGAUGUUCUUAACGUCCCCGACAGAAGAGUAGGCUCGAGGAGCCAGGCGCAGCCGGAGCUGCGGGGCCCGCUGCUGGAGACGGCAGCUCCUGCCCAUCGGAAGGCCAGGUGUGCGUGAGCUGUGCCCAGGGGUGUCCCACGCCCCGGCGCCCUGCGGGCUCUAAAACUGCUGGGAUCGCCCGGGGGAACUGGGCCCUGGGCUCAGGUGGAGCGGCCGAUGCCCCGGGCUGAAAGGUGAGACCACGCUGGUGAGGCUGGGACAAGACCUUGCACCUCCAAACCUGGGCCGAGACGACGGGGGAGCCGCCAAGAUGCCAGAGGAAAAUAUCUUCCUGUUCGUGCCUAACCUUAUCGGUUAUGCCCGGAUUGUCUUCGCCAUCAUUUCCUUCUACUUUAUGCCCUGCUGCCCCUUCACGGCCUCCUCCUUCUAUCUACUCAGCGGACUUCUAGACGCUUUCGAUGGACACGCAGCUCGAGCCCUUAAUCAAGGAACCCGAUUUGGGGCCAUGCUCGACAUGCUGACGGACCGCUGCGCCACCAUGUGUCUCCUGGUCAACCUGGCCCUGCUGUACCCGCGAGCCACUCUUCUCUUCCAGCUGAGCAUGAGCUUGGACGUGGCCAGUCACUGGCUGCAUCUGCACAGUUCUGUGGUGCGAGGCAGCGAGAGCCACAAAAUGAUCGACCUGUCUGGGAACCCUGUGCUUCGGAUCUACUAUACCUCUAGGCCUGCUCUGUUCACCCUGUGUGCUGGAAAUGAACUCUUCUACUGCCUCCUGUACCUGUUCAAUUUCUCCGAGGGACCACUAGUCGGCUCUGUGGGGCUUUUCCGGAUGGGCCUGUGGAUCACAGCUCCCAUCGCUCUACUCAAGUCCAUCAUUAGUGUCAUCCACCUCAUCACGGCUGCAAGAAACAUGGCUGCCCUGGACGCAGCCGACCGCGCCAAGAAGAAGUGAUCCUCUCCCGUCCCCAGCUGCCCACCUGCCCUGGGUAUCUACUGUACCACGUGGCUCCUCUCCUCCUCAGAGGUUCCAGUGUCAUGUCCUUCUCGUGUGCUCUCUAGCCUACUGGGAUUAGGGCUCACCCUCUGUUUGGUGUUGUCACUAUCUCUUUAAUCCUGAUGACUAGACCCAACCUGUGACCCCAAGGACCUGGCGCUGCAAAGCAGGAAGGGUGCUCAGGAGGCCCCACCCAUCCAGCUGGUGCUCCAGGAGGCCUGUCUGAAGACUGGGUGUUGCCACACAUCCUGCUGGCCCAGCCCUGGGGUCUGGACUGAGACUUUGGAGACACGUGAGGGCAAAGGAGUCAGACUGAUGCCAAGGAAGUCUGGGGUACCAGGCCGGGGAGGGAAGGGGCCAGGGGCCAGCUAGGCCCUUCUCUGAGGCGAGCUCCUCUAUCCUGUCCUGCUCUGGAAACCUCCGUAAUAAAGGGGGGCUUUCACUCUUUUUGGAUUUGUUUACUUUGAGACCCUCUCAGAUGAUGGCCCAGGGUUCAAAGGAGCUAGAUUAAAAUCCAUCUGGAUGCUUUCCCAGAGUGGGUGGCUGGCUCCUCCCUGUCAUCCCAGGGACCUCAGAGAGGCCUUGCGGCUCUUCAGGCUCACAAGCAUUGUCUCUGCCCACCCGCUUUAUGUCCCUGGCUGGCCACUUUCAUUGUAACCUUGAUCUUUUCUACCCUCACAAGAAUGUAAACUUCAUGAGAGCAGACUUAUGUCUUUCUUGUCUCUGCCUAGAGUGAAAACUAGCCUGGCAUGUGGUAGCUGCUUAAUAAAUAUUCAUGGAAAGAUG